AUGUACCCGAUUGUGGAAACUUGGUCCUUUAUUCAGAGCCCAGAGACCGAUGACCUUCCUGGUUGGGAUAACUCGGCGCCCAUCCACAUUGCCUGCCAGGUGGAGGACGCGGAGGCUGCGACGGCCUUCGUGGAGUUCCUGAUGGGGAAGAAGGUGGACGCGUCGAAGUGGGGCACGCAGCUCAGCAAGAAGCUCAAGCACUCCAAGCGCCUUCCUGUCCACUAUGCAGCCGAGAACAAGAACCUCGACACCAAGACCGUGCUGCUGGUGGCCGAAGCCUUCCCACCUGCGCUAUUCCAGCCUGUUGGGGGCAAGGCGGGGCGGAAGCUGCCCGUGCAGCUUGCGAAGCACAACAAGAAGACCCGCCGUGCGUUGGAGGAGCUCAUGUACAAGCACAUCUCCGAUGUCUGUGACCAGGUCACCAGCGAGAAGAUCUCGGAUGUCCUGAAUCUCAUGAGGCUGGCCACGGAGUUCGAGAAGAUCCGGACGAUAAGCCCGCGUGAGCUGGACAGGGGCCGAGCAACAGACAUGGUCUCCCGCUCCUUCGAGAAGGUCAUCAAGGACCUCAAGGCGCAGAGCGAAGCCGUUGAGCGGCAGUUUGUCGAGGAGGCCAUCAGCUUCGCGGAGGCGAACCCUCGUGUGGACCUCGGCCGGGAGACCGGCACCAAGGUGCAGGUUCAGACCAUCAGCAGCAUGGGCGAGGUCCUGAAGAGCGACUUCUGGGAGCUCCUCAAGUUGGUCAACAGCGGCAGGGAGACGAAGGAGGACGCAGAGGACAAGGAGGACAAGGAGGACGAGACCACCCAGGCAGUCAACGACUUGAUCAAAGUGCCCGAACUCGAAGAGCUGCUGACGCACGAGAUCGCCGCAAGGCUGAAGUGGGCGGCGGCAGCUUGCGACGCCGGCGAGGACUCCGUCACUGACAAGCUGACGACUUCGGAUGCAGUCAGGUAUGCCCUGUUCGUGCUGGCCGGCCUGAUCUCCAUCUCGAAGAAAAGCGCCAGCGAGGAGGAGUCUGAUGCUGAAGAGAGGCCAGCUGCGGCAGCGAGCCUGGCUACCACAGCAUUGGACACCUGUUCAGACGACUUGGCGAAGGUGGCCGCCUGGUACUGCAAAGAGCUGCAGCUCCCGGAAGCCUGGAAUCUGAUUGGCCUGCUGCGAGAAGGUCUGUCAGGGGGGAGCCUAACGGACAUCCUCUUCUCGGGCGGGGACCUGGUCAUCAAGAAAGAGGUGCCCAACGACCAUGUUUGGUUCCAGUGGAUCGAAGGCCUCUUCGAGGCGACGUUUCUGCACAUCUACACCCGGGAUCGGCAUGGGGAAUCUGUGCCGGAUGCCCUCCAGGUGAAGGAUGUGCAGCAGGUCUUCAACUGCGGCAGCUGGGGUGAGUAUGCGAAACGGCGGCAGGGCGUCCAAGAGGACCUCUUCAACAAGGGCUCGGCAUGGAUGGGGGAGCUGAAGACAGACCCAUGUACAAAAGGCGAGGCGCCGGACUGGCAUGUGGCCGGUGAGAAGUCGGUGGCCAAUGAGCACUGGCUUUAUCAUGGCACCUCCUUGGCCGGCGAGGAGGGGAUCACAGAAGGCUUCUUGAAUUGGAUGUAA